ACGUCGAGUGUCACGCGCAGAGCAGCAACGACGUCCAUCGAUUCCGUUGAAUUUGGCACCUCGCAUGAGGCAUUCGCAAUACCUGACGAUCUGACAGACAUCAGCCUGGCCAAAGGAGUCGUAGUGUGCAGGCAAAAGCUCUGCUGACCCCGCCCGGAAUCAUGAAAGGUCUCAAGAAAUCAUUCCUAAGAAAGAGCUCAGAUACAUCCUCGAAGAACAAGGAUCCAAAACCACCUGCAUCACAGCCGUCAGUUCCUCCCCCGCCUCCUCCCAACACCGCCAAGCCACUUCCUCAACCUGUCCCUGCUCCACUUUCACUGCCUGGUGCAUCAGUUAACAACACAAGCAAUCGCUCUCUUCUCUCUCAACCACAGCCUUCUUCAAACCGCUCUGUUAAUAGUGCAACCACCUCUGCUACAGAUCGGAGGUAUAGUUCUGGUAGCUCUUCCCCGGUCCCACCUAUUGUGGUCGUAAGCUCAGACCCGGCGCCUGAGCUAGCUCCACGAUCAAGUCAGUACGGUUCUCCCGAGCGAGCAACCGUCGGGCUGGAUGGAAAUGCCAACCCUCCACGUGCAAACACGCUUAACCGCCUUCGUUCUGGUCCGCGGGACACCAUCCCCAUCGUCGGUAAGCCACCGCGUAAACAGCGGAGCAGCCGUUUCGUCGUGACAGAAAGAGUCGAAAUCGAGAGGCUUGCGACCUUCAACGAGGUGCCGCCGAGUGAGAGGUCACAGCUUUUUAUCAAGAAACUCAACCAGUGUCGUGUAUUGUUCGACUUCAACGAUGCCAGCUCAGAGCUUAAAGGUAAACAAGUUAAAGCACAGACUCUGCAUGAAAUGCUCGAAUACAUUACCACCCAACGCGGUGUCAUCACCGAAAACAUAUACCCUGAGGUUGUGAACAUGUUCGCCGUCAAUCUCUUCCGCUCUAUACCCCCUCCCGUAAAUCCCACAGGGGAUGCCUUCGAUCCCGAAGAGGACGAACCCGUCCUCGAACUUGCAUGGCCUCACUUACAAAUCGUUUACGAAUUUUUCCUCCGCUUUGUGGAGAGCCCGGAUUUCAAUACACACCUAGCGAAGCGAUACGUUGACCAGACAUUCGUACUCAACCUCUUGGAACUUUUCGAUUCUGAAGAUCCACGGGAACGCGACUUCCUCAAGACCACGUUGCACCGCAUUUACGGAAAAUUCCUCACCCUCCGCGCAUUCAUUCGUCGGUCAAUUAACAAUGUAUUCUACCACUUUAUCUACGAGACAGAGCGGCAUAAUGGGAUUGCCGAGCUGCUGGAGAUCUUGGGAUCGAUUAUCAACGGUUUUGCUGUGCCCCUCAAGGACGAACACAAGAUCUUCUUGGCGCGUGUUCUCCUUCCGCUCCACAAGGUCAAGACUUUAUGCCUAUAUCACCCUCAACUUGCCUAUUGCAUCGUCCAGUUCUUGGAGAAGGACCCGACUUUGGCACAGGAGGUGAUGAUUGGACUGCUCAAGUAUUGGCCCAAGGUAAACUCGCCGAAGGAAGUCAUGUUCCUCAACGAGCUCGAGGAAGUCUUGGAUGUCACCGAUCCCGCUGAAUUCCAAAAGAUCCAAGAGCCCCUCUUCGCCCAACUGGCACGUUGCAUCAAUAGCCAGCAUUUCCAGGUGGCCGAACGGGCUCUAUUAUAUUGGAACAAUGAAUAUAUCGUGAAUCUGAUGAGCGACAAUUUGCCAAAGAUCCUGCCGAUUGUCUUUCCGGCUCUGUAUAACAAUGCGAGGAGUCACUGGAAUCGGACUAUACACGGGAUGGUGUAUAAUGCGCUGAAACUAUUCAUGGAGCUGAGUCCAGAACUAUUCGAUGAAACAUUACAACAAUAUAGGCAGCGUAGGAUUGCUGAGCAACAACACGCGGUCGAGCGCUACGAGGACUGGCAAAAAAUCCGCGAGAAGGCGAGGCAGAAUGCUGGUGGCAAGCUGCCUGCCAGUUACCAUGAAGUUCCACGGGACCCUCCACCUCCGCCAACGGCGGGAGAUGAUUCGGACAUCAUGGACCUAUCGAUGGAGCUGAGCGCUGUAUCGAUUGAUGGUGUCAUGCCUGGAGACUUGGAUGAAAGCGGAAUUGAAAGGGUGCCGAUGGCUGACCCAGGUCUGGACCGUGAAUAUCAGGUUGGCGUGGAGCACUCGCCAACGUCGCAGAGUCCUCAUGUUCGCAGGAAGAGCGUCCUACCUGUGGACCCGUCUGUUUUGCGUGAUUUGCAAGCGCAUCGCAGUCUUGAUGAUACGAUAGGAAUAACGACCCGUGCAAAUGGAGGAUAGAUAUUCAAAUUUGCAGGAUGCGCCUCGCAUUUUCCACAGGGUUGAUGGAAGGUUGCGGACAGGUUCUACCAUAUUCAUGACUGAUGACCUCCGUUUUCCGACUACCGUUCUUUUGUUCCUGCGCUGCCCUACACGCAUGUCCAGACUCGGAGUUUGUGUCCUCUUGAAAGCGCAUGCGUGUGAUUUCUCGGAUUCUAGACAACCAAUUCCUACCUUAACAUACAUAUCUGCUACACGUGUAUUUGGGUAACCGAUGGGGCUGCGUUGGCAACUGCAUCUGGGUAGUGGGCACUCGGCCGUCUGAGCAUGAGCUGAUAGAGUUUCCAUGAAGG